CCCGGGUACUAACCCCGCGCGCGGGCGGCCGCGGCACCGCCACUUGAUUCUCGAGGAUUUGUUGUGGGGCUGCGGCCGCGAGCGGGCUGCGGGGGCGGAAGGCGGCGGCGGCGGCACCGGGCGCGCGGGCCCCACCGCGGCCGAAGCUGCCGGGACCGGCGCGCGGGGCGGCCGCACCGGGGCCGCGCGCCCAGGAUGCGGGACUAGCGGGCUGGCUGCACGGCCGUCGGGGCUGCGAGGCUUCGCUGCGGGCGGGCCCGGCGGGGCGUCCCCGGGCGCCGCCCCCUGGGCCCCGAGGCCCGGGUCGGGCGCUUCUGCUUUCCCGCUUCUAGCGGCAGCGGCGGCGGAGGAGGCGCCCGCGCCGGCUGCCCCGGGGGAGCCGCGCCGCCGCCGCCGCCCGGCCGGCGCCCUGACGGCCGCUGUUAUGCGUAUUCCUGUAGACCCGAGCACCAGCCGCCGCUUCACACCUCCCUCCACGGCCUUCCCCUGCGGCGGCGGCGGCGGCGGCAAGAUGGGCGAGAACAGCGGCGCGCUGAGCGUGCAGGCGGCCGUGGGGCCCGGCGGGCGCGCCCGGCCCGAGGUGCGCUCGAUGGUGGACGUGCUGGCGGACCACGCGGGCGAGCUCGUGCGCACCGACAGCCCCAACUUCCUCUGCUCGGUGCUGCCAUCGCACUGGCGCUGCAACAAGACGCUGCCGGUCGCCUUUAAGGUGGUGGCACUGGGGGAUGUGCCAGAUGGCACGGUGGUGACGGUGAUGGCGGGCAACGAUGAGAACUACUCUGCCGAACUGCGCAAUGCCUCUGCCGUCAUGAAGAACCAGGUGGCCAGGUUCAACGACCUUCGCUUCGUGGGCCGCAGUGGGCGAGGGAAGAGUUUCACACUGACCAUCACCGUGUUCACCAACCCCACCCAAGUGGCCACCUACCACCGAGCCAUCAAGGUGACUGUGGAUGGACCCCGGGAGCCCAGACGGCACCGGCAGAAGCUGGAGGACCAGACCAAGGCGUUCCCCGACCGCUUCGGCGACCUGGACCGGGUGCGCAUGCGGGUGACCCCGAGCAUGCCCAGCCCCCGCGGCUCGCUCAGCACCACAAGCCACUUCAACAGCCAGGCCCAGACCCCCAUCCAAGGCACCUCGGACCUGAACCCUUUCUCCGACCCCCGCCAGUUCGACCGCUCCUUCCCGGCGCUACAGACCCUCACGGACAGCCGCUUCCCGGACCCCAGGAUGCAUUACCCGGGGACCAUGUCGGCGGCCUUCCCCUACAGUGCCACGCCCUCGGGCACAAGCAUCAGCAGCCUCAGCGUGGCCAGCAUGCCCGCCACCAGCCGCUUCCACCCCACCUACCUCCCGCCGCCAUACCCUGGGGCCCCGCAGAACCAGAGCGGGCCCUUCCAGACCAACCCGUCCCCUUACCACCUCUACUACGGUGCGUCCUCUGGCUCCUACCAGUUCUCCAUGGUGGCCGGCAGCAGCGGCGGGGGCGACCGCUCGCCCACCCGCAUGCUGGCCUCCUGCACCAGUAGCGCCGCCUCCGUGACCGCGGGCAACCUCAUGAACCCCAGCCUGGGCGGCCAGAGCGACGGCGUGGAGGCCGACGGCAGCCACAGCAACUCGCCCACUGCCUUGAGCACGCCAGGCCGCAUGGACGAGGCUGUGUGGAGGCCCUACUGACCUCCCGGGGCAACGUGGACGCUCCCGAUGGAGGCAGGGACCCCGGAACCUUCCCGGCCAGGGGCUGGCCCAGCUCUGAGGCUCGGGCAGGAAUGAGACCCGGGCCCAGAGCUGGUGGGUGGCUCCGAGAGCAUCCAGUCCAGCCGUGUCUUUGUACAGAGGGGUAAGGACCAGCCCCCGACCCCGAGCCCAGAUCCUAGUCAUCUCAUCCCACUGUCCUGUGGGAAAAGCAUCCUCCUGCUGUCUCCUGCCCUGGUGACCUGGCUGUGCCCAGUGUUGUCACAGGACCCGGGUCUCCGAGGACAGAGACCAUCUCUGCUCCAGAGGGAGGCAGCGUUUGCCCACACAGUCUGGCCUCUUGUCCGCUGGGCCCUGGACAGGCCUCCCCACCCCCACCUUCCUCAAAGAUCCUGCACCUCAUGGGCCCAGCCCUUCCUCCGCAUUUAUACAAAUUGAGGCAGAACUGGAAGGUCCCCACCCUCAGAGGGGUACCCCUCGUUGUACCCUCGCCCGAGGGUACAGGCUGCAUGGACUCCCGUGUCUGAGUUCUCUAGUUCUAGGGAAAGGCCCGUCCAGAGUUCCAAAAAAUCACUGGCACAAAUGGGAUGAGAGCACCCCCUAGCCAGUCCCCCCACAGCUAACAGCUAAGGAGCCCUGUCCCCGUCCAGCUGCCUGUGAGCCCCAGGCCCAAUGUAGACAGCCUCUGGCAGCACCUGCAGACAGGUCCUCUGUGCACUUUCCCAGCCCAAGGCACCCACCCACCACUCUCUGGGGGGGGGCCUGGGUCCUUCACCCCACGCCGGUCUCAGAGUUGCAAUUUUGGAGAGAGCACAGAGGCCAGAGCAGUUCUAACAGAAAGCACUGGGGUGAGUUCAGAGAGCAACGUCCCUGUCGCACUCAGCCCAGCCAGCCCAGCUGUGCACACCCCACCCCGCCUCCUGGGAAGGCCCAGCCACACCUCCCAGCCUCUGCCACACAGCUCUCCACGUAACCAACCAUGGUCCACAGCCGUCUUACAAAGACUAGUUUUUAAAGUGAUUUUAGAAGAGCUUCCAACUUUUUCAAACAUGGCCUCUUACAGGUGAAGCCAUGGUCGCCAACCUCAGCACCUCCUGAGGAGGCCACCGCAUUCCUUUGGCAGCACCCCACCAACACCCCCAAAGGCGGGCCCUGGUGGGGACCACGGGAAAGGCCGGUGCAAUGCUGGGGCCUCACAUCGGUGGCUCUCGGGCGGUUGUCCGAGAGGAUGCUCUGGGUGUUGCAUCCUGGUAGGGGGGCUGUGAGGGGGCGAGCCGUGGCCAGGUGAAGGCAGGACAGAAGGGGGGAAAGGGCUCCCCAGCCUCCUCUCCCACGCCUUCCAGGAGCUGCCCCUUCAGUUUGCAGGUGGGAAGGCGAGCCUUGCCCCAGGUGCGGCUGCAAGGAUUCCCGCUCCUGAGUUCUUUGGUUCUAGAAAGGCCACGAAAACUCAGGAGUCGGCAGCAUGUGGUUUUCCACCAUUGUUUCAGCCACAUCCUCUGUGGAUGGGAAGUCUCCCUUACGAAAGGCUCCUUAAGUGUCUGUCAUAGCACCAGGCCUGCCUGUCCACCAUCCACGCCCCCACCCCCCACCCCACCCCCCCGGCAGGUUAGGAAGUCCUGGUGAGCUCACUCAUUGCUCAAACCCCUCCUGCUGGCUCCCCUGUCCUGCCCUCACUGGAAAGAGCAGUCUCCAUCUCUUCAGAUUCACUGCUGGGGGUGUCCUGCUGACUCCCUCCACCCAGGGGCGCUCCCACCCCUUCUCAGGAAGCAGCUACAAAUCCAUUGUCUUCGUAUCUUCACUCCCGUGCUCUGUGGUUGCUGUCUGGCCCCCGGGUUCCCAGUGCCCAGCACUUUGUAGUCCUACACCCCCUCCCUGACAUCCAAGCCCUGGUAAAGGCAGGGACAGGAAAUAAAUGGGCCCACCCUCCACCCCCUGACUUAGUGACAUGACAGCAGCUAUGCUGAGUCCUAAGGCCCACAGCGGGCGCAGACAGCCUGGGCGUGUAGACGUGGGUCCUUAUGGACGAGGCUGCUUUAAAGUGAUGCUCCGCAGACACUGACUUAGGAAGCGCAGGAGACGGAGGUCGGACGCCAUCUCGCUGCAGCCUGGUGGUGGGUGUGGAUACGUGUGACAUAUUGUCAUGCUGAGGCGUUGGCACCUGCUACCCUCACAUCUCCCAUCAAACCGCCCAGAGCCGGGGAGGGGUGGAAACUGCUUUGCACUAUAAUUUGCUUGGUGUGUGUGUUUUUAAUGCACAAGUUGCUUGUACAGUAAACUGUCUUCUGUAUUAUUUAACUGUAAAA